AAAAGAGGAAUCAAUGUUUGUAAAUAUCAAUAAGAUAUCCAGUCUUCAGGACGCUAAUGUAAGAAGUCCUAUUCCUAUUCGUGUGGAAACUGCCCAGCCAGCUGCGGAAAAGCCGGAAAUCAAGCCUCCCCGAGUGAGGAAGUUAACAAGACAGUAUAGUUUUAACCGCAGUGAUGAAGACGACCUCCCUCCAGACCUGGCCGAGGCAGUGGGAGUGACCACAGCUACAACCACAAACACCACAACUGCCGCCACACAAGUCUCCGUGCCACUGCCGUCUCCCAAGGUCCAGAAUGUCAGCUCGCCUCACAAGUCAGAAGGCAAAGGCCAGCUGUCCCCCGGGGCCAAGAGCCCCUCUGACCGAGGAGGUGCCUUUACCCUGGAGCCGGGUGAUCUUCUGAUGGAUUUCACAGAAGCCACUCCUCUGAUAAAAACAUUCCCGGCUGAUACAAUGAACCCGUUUCCUGAUACUUUCACCACAGGGCCACAGUUUACUGCAGACUUCAGAGACAGUAAAUUACAGUGUUGUCCUGGCCCGUCUUCCCCGCUGAUCCCAGCAGCGACCCUGAGGCCUUUGACAGAGACCGUCUCCACAGUGCAGACCAUUUAUACCACCCGGAAACCUGUUUCUCUGGCAGCCAGUGCGGAGACACUCCGGCAGGAACUGGAGAGAGAGAAAAUGAUGAAAAGACUAUUGAUGACCGAACUGUGAAAUUCUCCCCUUGUCACCUGGAAGAUGGCAUGGUGCCUUCUGUCCGUCUUCUUUCUUCGGGCUUUGUGUGCUCACUCUAGCACAACAUACAAAUGUGUGCUCUGUUCGCCCAGGUCUCCAUGGUUAGUUGAAGCCAAUUUCUGGCUUGACUUUUAAGGGAAAAGUUAUUUUAU